CUCUCUCCCGCACUGUUUCUACCAGUCAGAGAGAGGGGAGAGAGUGGAAAGACACGCUUGUGCCUCGUUUUGCAACUCCUGCAUUUGACCGACAUCCCUAAAUGAAUCAACAGCAGAGAAACCCGGAGAUUGAACAGACCUCCAUUUUCCUCAAGAGCCAUCAAAGACGGUAAAUGCAAGUGGCAAUGAGUGGCAAGUUGAAGUGAAAAAGAUUUCAUGAGAUGACAUUUCGUCCUUGGAAUAAUCAGCUGAAGGGCCAUCAUCACACAGACCCUGAAGAGGUUAGACAGUGAGGGAAGAAACAUUUGUGAGUUCAUACAUGGCCUCACCACCCUGCCGGUGUCUUUGAGUACGCCAACAGAAUCAGAAUCCCAACAUGAGCAUCCCAACUGGUUACCAGGGACUGAGGGUCAAUGUUGACAGAGGGGAAAAGAUUGGAAACAAAACCCAGAUCCAGUUCCCUCAAUCUGGGGAUGACAAUGCAAAUCGAUUAUCUUCAGUUGCUGAUCAAGAAGGAGGAAGACUGAUGGAGGAUUCAGGGUACAACACAAGCUCCAUCCCACCUCUGGUCUCUCAGAGUGAAUCCCCCAACAAGUUAGUGAUCUGGGGCUCUGAGCAGCAAUGCAUGGAGCCUGAACUCAGAGAGUUCGAGCUUUUGGAGUGUCAGGAGAUACACACAUUCUUGGGAAACAGGGAUCAGGAAGAAGAUGAAGACGAUGGAGGAAGUAUGAGAGAUGGAAAAGAUGAAGGUCCCAUGUCCAUAUCCUCAAGUUCAACUGCCAGCUCUGCCUCGAUCGGAGCGAAGAGAUAUGACAACGACAACAACAAAGUGGGGAGCAGAGUUCAGAGGGGAAGAGAGGUGCAGAAAAGGAUCGCCUGUCAUAGCACUGAAGAGCUAGACAUGUGUGUGACAGGCUCAAUAGAGAAAAUGGAUGCCAGGUCAGGCCGAGCAAGAGAGAGGGACAGACAAAAGGGGGGUCUGAAGGAGUCCAAGUCAGAGACAAAUGUAUUUGUCUCCAGUCUGUCAGCUGUAUCACUCAGCGGGAGCCUGUCGAGUGCUCUAGAUAGUAGUGGAGAAGCGGCGUCUCUCAUCAAGACCAACCCUUAUUCCAAUACAAACAACACUACCUCAGCCCAGACUAGAAGAAGGGCAGGCCCUGUAGAUGCUAACCAGAACUCCCCGCCAUCGUAUCCUCAGGAGAAACAUGGCCGUCCUCAAUACUACAGCCAGGAUCAGAGACCAGAGGAGGGAAGUCAUCAUAGAAAUGGAUUGUCCUCUGAUGGGGUGCUGGGUCAAAGGAGGAAAGCUGGAUUUGAGGAGAGGGUGAUGCCACCACGACGGCAACAGCUUGUCAGACCCCUCUGUCAGACAGAGAUGGUAAGAGCGAGGAGCUCAGCAGAGCCCAAUGCUCAUCAAGCUGAGACAGGGCAAGCUUCUUCCACCAACCCGUCUCCAGAUUCACACAUCAAUGGGUCAAACCGAAAGUUUACAAAAUCGUCUUUACGUGAGCCAUCAGAUUUCUCCCCCCUGUACACAUCUGGAGUCUCACAGCUGAGACAGCCCAACCAGGCAGCCCAGAGGGAAGCUCCGCUUGCAGAAAAACAGCAGGCUGCAACUGCAUGGAGAAAUGCAAGUCCUUCCACUUUAGAGAAGAGACCCCAGACUCAGCUCACAUACAGAAGGAACUGUUCCAGUCCCAACAGGACAGGGGUUGAUUCCAGGUCAUCAACCCCGCCCCAAUCGCCUCUCAGGACUCCCCAGGGUUCACCACGCAGGCAACCCUCCAUGUACCUCGUCUCCAGGAAUGUCUCUGGAGUGGUUAGACACAUCCCGUCAGGAUGCAACCCUGCUGUAACAACAUCAGCUCAGGGCUAUGGCAACAGUUGCAUGAGAGCACCAGUCAAAACUAAUAUAAGCACAAGUGGAAUCCCCAAAGCGCCUCUAAACAACCAGCAGAGCUCUCACCACAACUCCGGUCCCAAAGAGAGCUCCCCAUCACCUAAACUUAAACCUAAAGGAGUUCGGCCCAAAAUCAUUACAUAUGUCCGAAAGAAUCCUCAGUUUAAGCCCCAGGUUUCUGAUGGUCCUUAUCAGGUAUCCUCUCUGCCAUCCCGACUCUCAACAUACGCACACAGCCAAACAGCCACCCCUAAAGAACCUGCCAAGCCCGACGCAGAAACCAGAGGAGCCCCAGUACUCAGUGCCUCCAAUCUGCUUUAUGACAAGUACCGCCAAGAGAUGCAGACAAGCAUCUUCCCAUCAGGGAUGGUCAGCAGGAGUAUCAGACCCCCUGGACACACACACACGGUCCCCCCUGCGCACACACACAGCUACACGGCACCUCCGAAACUAGGCAGCAAAGCAGAAAACUUCUACGGAGCACCAUCAGAGGUGGGAAGAUCUGGAGGUUUUAAAGGCAGUGCUGGUGAGGAAGCGCUGCAGACCCGGACAGCCGCUCAGGCCGGAGGAAGCGGCAGCCUCCUGCGCUCUGGCAGAGGUCUGCGUCUGGGCCUGGGCGCUGUCACCAGGACGACUACGGCCUCAGCCAAGGGCAGAGGACCCGGUCAAGGUCAGAGGUCAACGCUGGUCUUUAGCCAGCCAGUUCAACCUGUCAGCCCAGCGACGAGUCAGAAAAGCCAAGAUAACACAGACGACCAGGUCUUCACCCAUCACGCUCCUGCUGCUCCUUCUCCAGCGACAGCAACAGCCCAGCCCCAGGUCGCAGCCUCCAGAUCUCUGCUUCCCAAAUCCAGCCAGUCGGGUCUGCGCCCCCCGGGCUUCAGCUCCAGCCGCCUACCCGCGGGCCGCCUGGCAGCCUUUGGCUUUGUCAGGAGCUCCAGUGUGUCCUCCGUCUCAUCGGCCCACUCUGCUGACAGCACACAGAGUGACCCCUGCAGGACAGCUCACCGCCUGAGUGUGAGUGAGGAGCCCCCCCUUCACAGAGUGACCACUGGCCCUCCGUCAACAGAUCACCAAAGAGGGGCACCAUGUCGCAGCAGCAGCCUCCAACCGCCCUCCACCCCAGCCCUGCCCCGUCGCUACCUGCCUGCCCAGCCAAGAAGCUCCCCUGGAGUCGGCAGGAAGGAGUUUCAGCGGAGUUCAGAGGUGACACGUUCUCUUCCAUCAUCUCCAAAGAGACUGGCAGUUGUUCCUCCCAAACCUCAGUCCCCAGUCCAGUCUGUGCAGAGGCCUGCAGUGCCAGUGCGAGGGUCAGCUCCCCCGGGGUCCCCUCGCCGCGUAGCCCCCCUGAGGCUGCAGCAGGAACAGCAGGAGAGCCUGCAGAGAGAGAAAGAGGAGGCUCAAGAGAAAGAGAGAGAAAGGCAAGCAGAGGAAAAAGAAAAAGAGGAGCAAAGGGAGGAGGUUCAGAGGCUGCAGGGACGCUGUGAGCAGCAGGAGAGGCAGCUCAGUGCUCUAAGGGAAGAACUAAGGAAGACUUCUUUGGGUCUGGAAGCCUUCAUUAUCACCACUCAGCAUUACUGCCUCAAGAAUAAAACUACAGAGGAAAAUCAAAAGAAAUUGACCUCAGAAAUACAAAAGAUCAGAGAGGAAAUGGCCUUCAACUCAGCGCGGUGGGAGAGACUCCAUCGGGAGAAGACGGCGCUGGAGGUGGCGUUUGAACGAGAACUGCAGGAGCUGCAGCUGCAGCAGGAGGCGGAGCUGGCUGCUGUGGAGGAGGGGCUCAGGAAGUGUCACACUGCGGAGGCAGAACACCUGCGGACGGAGCAUCGGUCAGAGAUGGAGGAGCUGAGGACUCAGCAACAAGAACAGGUAGAGGAGAUGACAGUCAACCACCAAGCAGCCAUUCAGGAGCUCAGAGACAUGCAUAACAUCACCAUGGCAACACUGCAUGAGGAGCAUGCCCGUACCAUGAGAGACUUGAGGAAAGCCCAUGAGCAGCAGAAGAUGCUCCUCGAGGAGGAUUUUGAGAAACUCAGACUUUCUCUACAGGAUCAAGUGGAUACUCUCACGUUCCAAAACCAGAGUCUGAGGGACAAAGCCAAACGCUUUGAGGAGGCUUUGAGGAGGAGCACAGAUGAACAGAUCGUUGAUGCUCUGGCUCCAUACCAACACAUCGAGGAAGACCUGAAGAGCUUGAAGGAGGUUGUAGAAAUGAAGAACCAGCAGAUACACCAGCAAGAGAAGAAGAUCUCUGAUCUGGAGAAAGUGCAGGCCCAAAAGAACGUGUUCCUUGAGGAGAAGGUCCAGGUUCUGCAGCAACAGAAUGAAGAUCUGAAGGCCCGUAUUCAAAUGAACCUAACCCUGUCCAGGCAACUGUCAGAAGAGAACGCCAACCUCCACGAGUCCGUCGAGAAGGAGAGCACCGAGAAGAAGCGGCUGAGUCGGAACAAUGAGGAGCUUCUGUGGCGCCUCCAGACCAGCCCCCUCAUGUCCCCCGCCUCCUCCCCACUGCACCGCUCUUUCUCCACCUCACCUUUGCCCUCAUCCCCAUUCUUGUCCUCCUCACCUGUGGCAGGCUGCGACUCCCCCACUCACUGUCACGGCUGUCCCCAGCAGGCUCAAUACUGCUCCCCGUCCCACAGAGCCGCCGCAAAUCAAAAUUUCUCCCCGGGACCAGCCACACCCACUCACAGGGCAGCAAACAAUCAGAAUUAUUCCCCUGGCCCGGCCACACCCACACACAGAGCGUCAGCCAAUCGCUGUAACUCUGCUGCUUGUUUCAGCUCUUUGCAGAGAUAAGCUUCACAUCUCUUUAUUUUUCCUAACAUUCACUUUUAUUCGCUUCAUUCUCCUCCUCCCUUUUCUUUUUUGAAUGUGAAUGACAUUGAGCGACAUGUUGGAGGAAAAUGGUCUCCAGUCAUCGCAGGACAAAACUCUGUCUUAUCAAGUCUCUACAGCUGGUGGCGUCCAUCGUGUGAAACACAACACAAGAAGGAAUAACACAGAUAAAUAAAAAAAAUAAAUGGAUGCAGAUGACUGCAGUCCAAUCCCAACUUGUAUGUGGACUGGAAAUGUAGACUGUAUAUACUGUAUGAUAGUGACACAGAUAGUGUCGACAUGUAAGUGAAACCUCCCUGCAUGGGUAGUCUCGAGUCCCCGCACAGACGGAAACAGUACAGAUGGAAAGUAGCACACUGUUGUCACCAGAUCACAAUACUCUGGUGUGGUUAAAAAAAAAACAAAAAACAAAAAAAACACGGUCAUGUCCUUGGUAAAAAUAAGCUCUACUCUCUCUCACAUAGUCGGUUCUGUUUUAAGAGAUGAGUUGCAAUUCUGAGUCAUGAACUGGGUCAGCAUUCACAGAAAUGUUUUUUUUUUAUUAUUCUUCAUCUGGAAAAAUCCCUUACAAAGCGCCUUAUAUUCUGUCCUGCCGUCUCACCAGCAGAGAACAAGCAACAUUUUAUUUCAUAAAGGACUUUGGAUAAAGAAUUGGUUUGUAAAUCAAAGAGAAUCAUGCUUUUCAGCCUCCUCGAGGGCGUAUUUAACAUUUUUGUAAUUAGUUCAAUGCUGAUAGUUUUACAUACGCGGGACAACCCUACCUGGAACCCCAGCCAUUUAACCUGCAAAAUACACAGGACGUAAUAAAUGUCCACACCUUGCCAGGUCUUCCUACAGCGUCUCGCCACACAAGCUACUCUUCACUUUUGGGAUCCCUCAGGUCAACUUGCAAAAACUACGUCUGCCAUUUUGUAUUUACCUCAGCGGGAAUGUGCAGUUUGUUGUGUCUGCAGCUCAACAGCAGCAGCAGCAACAACAACCACAACAACAACAACAACAACAACAACAAAAACACACACAGCUACCAGGGAGCCCGAAGCUAAGGGGGAAACCCGACAACAGGAAUCUGUUUUAAAUGUUGUGAUUUCUUUCAAAUGUGAUGUUCAUAUCUAAUUUAUUUCUUACAUGUUUUUUGCUUCUUAAGCAAGCAUGUACUGUGAAAGUCUUCCAGUCUUAAUGUGGAACUUAUUAUUGCUGUGGUCUGUCUAUUUAUUAAGCUUGAGGAGUGACGGAGAUGAAUGGUGUUUGUAACUUUGAGAAUAUCACCUAUGGGACACAAGUGGAAUAUGUGAUGAACCCCAAGAGACAGGAAAUAUAGAGCUGAUUUUUUACUUGUCAUCCCACACACAUAGGUGGUGUUCAGAGGACUGUCUCAUGUAAUAAUGGUCUAUAAGCUAUGUUGGUUAAAAAAGAAAAAACAUACAGGUUAACCCUCUGUUUACCUCUGUGUGAGCAGAGUCACAAAGAUGAGCGUCACCCCUCUGAACCUGUGUUAACCUCUUAAUAACCUCCUCUUUUUUGUCCUUAUGAAGUAUUGCGUUCAAACUAUUUGCAAGCGACACUGAGUUCUCAGUGUGCAAGAAGAUAUCGUUCAGGGAAUUAUUUUCUAAAUUUAGAUUAGAAAUACUUUCAAUUUUAAUUUUGUAUAGCUUCUCUACAGAACAUUAUACACUCUCAAGAUGUUUCCCGAGAUCAUUUUCCACAGAGAAACCAACCUUUGGUAUAUAAAAAUGAUUUUAUAGCAUACAGUAUGUCAUAGCUGCCUCCUCUACUGUACUCUACUGACUAACCUACCCUCAGGGUCUUAAUCUUUCAUCUGGCUUUGAAGAAGUCAACAUAGAAAACUGGAGUAUUAUACGGAGUAAUCUCAGUGAUUUACUGGCGCAUUAAGAAACAAAGCUGAAGCUGUUCAGAUGACACAUAAAAAGGAGCCGCUGUAAAUAAACAAGGCCUGUGAGAAGAGAUGAGGGUCAGUCUGCGUUGGCAGUUAGAGCAACAUUGCUAACGGGAAUAGAGAUUAAUGACUAAUGCAAUAUUGUUAAAGUUAAGUAGAUGCAUGGGUGGUGACGGGAGCGGGGCAGUAUAGAGGCCUUGAAAUUCCUUGCAGAACCCCUGGUCACUUUUCUGUUAAUUUACAGGUUGAGUAAAAUCCAAACUUUUACCAGCAUGUAAAGAAGGACGAUUCUGGGUUGCCAGUUUUUUUCAGUAACAGACUUUUAAGUAGAUCCUUAAUUGUGAUACCAGCACUUUCCAUGCUUAUGAAAAAAUAAAAAAAUGAGUCUUUCACGGAUCUUCAAAAUUGUUUUGUACGAUACGAACACAGGGUUAAAUGCUCUUAAACAAAAGAAUGUCAAGUUCAGCGUUGGAUUUGAGAAAUGUAUCUCAGUCCUCACUUAUUUUGUACCUACACUGAUGAUUUUGAGAAUGUCUUUGCAUAACGAUCAAUUGUACGAAUUUGCAGAAAGUCAGAGAGUCACUGUGUUUUCAAAUGUUUAGGGUUACAGUUCACCUAUGUCAUUGAAUGAUUCUUCAGGGUCCUCCUAAAGGUCACGUCAGGUGCAAAAAAUACAGUCUACAAGAAUGCAACAAAGACUAUUGUUUACAAAUGACAGCGUACAAAGUUACCAAUUUCAUCUUAAAUGAAUAUUUCACCGUUGAAUGGACUAUGAUUUCUAAACUAUGAACUGGUAUUGUAAUGACCCUUCAAUGUGUCCUGUGGACAUCUGUGUCUCACUAUGCGCUGAAUGUCAAAAAUGUAAUGACGGCAUUUUAUACAAGUCAUUCAUGUGAUUUUUUUUGUUGAAUAUAGAAGAACCUCUCGUCUGAUCACUAUGUAGCAGCCAUUUAAUAUGUAGCACUUGGAUGAGCCUCCCCACAACGGACAUGGGUAAUUGAUCUAACUCAUGAGGAAAUGAAGCGCCCAUGUCGAUGUUUAAAUGCUGUCGUAGCAAAUGUUUCCAUGGCUUAUCAACUUUAAGCACUAGAAUUUGAAUACGUGGAGGGAAGCUAUACAUUUAAC